AUGGAGUCCCCAAAAAUGAUUCCCCUCACUAUUGUCCUCCUCCUCCUAUCAACCUUCCCAAACCCCUCCUCCGCCGCCACGGCCGCCGCCGCCGUCACCCGCAGGUACAAAACCUACCUGAAAACCGCCUGCGCCGACGCCACGUACCCAAAACUCUGCUACACCUCCCUCGCCCCCUACACCUCCGCCAUCAAGACCGACGACGUCAAGCUCUGCUCCGCCGCGCUCGCCGUCACCCUCCAGGCCGUCAAGGACACGUCAUCGCUGGUGUCGCGGCUGCGGAAGCUGCGGGAAGGGCUGGGCAAAGGCGACGUGGCGGUCCUGAAGGACUGUGACGAGGUGAUCAAGGACGCGGUCGAUGAGCUGAAGCAGACGGCCAAGGUGGUGAGCCGGCUGAUGAGGAAGGGCGCCGCCGCUGCUGCUGAGCUGGAUAUUGCCAACAUGCGGACGUGGCUUAGCGCGGCGAUUACGGACGAGACCACGUGCGCCGACGUGUUCGACGGCCAGAAAGUCAGCGCGGCGGUGAAGGGUCCGAUUUGGAAGAGUAUUAAGAAGGUUGAGAGGCUCACUAGCAAUGCUUUGGCUCUCGUUGACAAACUCGCGUAUUGA